AUGGGCGUCUCCAUUAUCGACACGCAGCGCGAGAUCAUCCUCGACACGAUCCGCAACACCGCCAAGGGAGAAUGGAAAGUCAUGGUCGUGGACGAAGCGAGCCGCAAGCUCAUAGACAAUGUCGUCAACGAGGACGACAUCCUAAACGAGAAUAUAACCAACAUCGAGUUGAUCACGGACCGCCGGCCUAUGAACAAGGACAUGGAUGUUGUGUACAUACUCUCUCCCCAGCCGCACAUUGUCGACUGCAUCAUGGCCGACUUCGAGCGCCACCGCUACCGGAAGACGUUUUUGAUCUGGACUUCUCUGCUCCCAGGCCCGCUUCGGGAACGCAUAGACAAGUCUCAAAUGGCACGCGAGCAGAUCGUCCUGUUCAGGGUCCUCAACGUCGAAUACUUCCCCCGCGAGUCGCACCUCAUCACCUUUCGCGAUCCAUGGAGCUUCCCCAUCCUGUUCCACCCCGCUUGCAACAACCUGGUCAGGCGCCACAUGGAGGAAAUGUCCCAGAAGAUUGUUUCUCUGUGCGUGUCGCUUGGUGAAUAUCCCACCAUCCGCUACUACAGGCCAAAGAACCCCCUCCACGAGGCAAGCGUGCUCUGUUCGCAUCUGGCACGCUUUGUCCAGGAUGAGAUCGACAUGUACAAAAAGUUCCAUCAGAACUGGCCUCCGCCCUCAAACCGUCCUCGCGGUGUCCUGUACAUCGUGGAUCGGUCAAUGGACCUACACUCGCCUCUACUUCACGAGUUCACGUAUCAGGCCAUGGCCCACGAUCUCCUACCAAUCAAGGAGGGCGACAAAGUCACGUACAAGACUGUGCUCAACGAGGGUGAGGCCGACGAGGAAGAGAAGGAUAUGGAAAUAGGAGAAAAGGACCAGAUAUGGGUCGAAAACCGCCACAGGCACAUGAAAGACACGAUCGAGAAGUUGAUGGGCGACUUCCAGAGGUUCAUCAACGAGAACCCGCAAUUCACAAAGACUGACGCCAAUGACGCUACCAAUCUGAACACCAUCAAAGACAUGCUUGCUGGUUUGCCGCAAUUCCAGGAAAUGAAAGGCGCCUACUCGCUGCACUUGAGCAUGGCCCAGGAGUGCAUGAACAUUUUCCAGCGAUGCAAGCUGCCAGACGUGGCGUCGGUUGAACAGUCCUUGGCGACAGGCCUAGAUGAAGACUACCGCAAACCAAAGAACAUGGCGGAUCAACUGGUUCGGAUUCUCGAUGAAGAAAACGUCAGCCCUCCCGACAGGCUUCGUCUCGUUGCGCUAUAUCUCUUGUACAAGAACGGGCUUCACCCCUCAGACCUUAACCUUUUGCUAGCACAUGCGUCGCUGCCUCCUCAGGAUACCCAGGUACUGAAAAACCUCGACCUUCUUGGCGCUCGUGUGGAGAAGCCACUCAAAGACAAAGAGCCGCCGCCACCGCCGCUUUUCCCAACCAAGCAGCCUCCUGCAGGCACGGAAGAGGAAUACGCUCUGUCUCGUUUUGAGCCGAGUGUCAAGAGGUUGCUGGAGGACCACGUUCGCGGUGCCCUUGAUCAGAAUCUCUUUCCCUACACGAAGCCUCAUGUGGACGCAGCCGCCGACCAGGCUGCGCAGCAGGAAGCUGCCGCUGCCGCGUCCUCGCUCCGGUCCGCUAAGCCCACGUGGGCCAAAUCACGCAUGGCCUCUGUGGAGCCGCGCCAACGUAUUCUUGUCUUCAUGGCCGGUGGAGCAACCUACUCUGAGUCGCGCUCUUGCUACGAGCUCAGCCAAGCGACAUCGCGCGACAUUUUCCUCGCCACCUCACACAUGCUAACCCCGGGGCUCUUCUUGCGCCAAGUGGGUGACUUGACUGUUGACAAGCGCCGUCUCGGCAUUCCCAUGGAGCAACCGCCGCCGAAGGCACCGGCUCAUCUCUUCGAGAGGGAGCCUGAGCCGAAGCCGCCUGCACCGCCGCCACAUGAGCAGCUGCACAAGCUGCGCCAAAUGGCCCCGCCGCCUCAGCCCCCAACGCAACAGAUGGCGAACAUGCAUAUGGGUCCCGGUGGCCCGAGGCCAUCGAAUGGUGCGCCUUCGCCGUCUCGGAGCCCGGCACCGGGUGGAAAGCACGAGAAGGAGAAGAAGAAGCACCAUUUCUUUUCAUCCAAAAAGAAGGACAAGUAUUGA